GAGGGAGAAAGCGAAGGAAAAAGGAAGGAGGAGGGGGCAGUGACAGAGGGAGUGAAAGAGAGGAGUGCCGCGAAGCAAGCAUGAGGUUUUCGCUUUCCAUUCUCCCCUCAGCAGCAGUCAGAUGAGUCCUUGCAGAGAUACAAGAGAAGUGCCUUCAUUCGCUGACCCCUGUGGCUGUUUGGCUCCACUGAAGCCGUCUGUGCCUCUGUGCCUGUCCAUGUCUGCCGGAGCUGCCAGCCACACCAGGAGCACCAGGACUGCCAUGACUGCCAACCUCAUCUACUGAGGCCGCCUCCACGCCACUGACACCUCCCUCCCUCCCUCCCUCCCCCCCUUCCAGCUCCUGCUCUGUCUGCCAGCCAGAACUCUCUCCAUCCAUGCCACUCAUCCCUCCUCUGUGGAAGUCAACCACUUCCCCCUCCUCUGUAGACCGAGCCCCGCGCUGAAGCAGCUUUUAUCGCCUCCUCUUGUCUCUUUCGCCGUCCCCCCCCUCCUCCUCCAACAGCCUUUUUUUUUUUCCUUCUUCUCCUCCUUCUCCUCCCUUCUCUCCUCCAGCCCUGCAUCUUUUCAUCAUGGGCCAACUCGAUCGAUAACGCGUUUUGCCAUUCGUCUCAUCUGACAAUUCAGCCGAAGAGCGAGCAAAGGCGACGGAGAGAGAGAGCUAGUGUGUGUGUGUGUGUGUGUGUGUGUGUGUGUUUGAAAGAGAGAGAUUACAAAGCAAACCUCUGUGGCUAUCACCAGCCCAGGCCCUGGGUGACAGGCGCUGAAGGAUUCCUGUUUGAGCCCCCAAACAGACUCUUAGGAUGGGCCGCAGGUGGUAGGCGACUCCAAGGCCUCACAGGCUUCACUUGAGUAUCAGACCCUGGGGACAAAAACCUCCUAAAGUCUGGCUUUUUUUCCUCCAUGUCCUUUCCCUAUUCUUUCUCACCGUUUGUCCCGGUAUUAUUAGAAACACACAGACGUACACAUAACCGCAUUUGCUGGAUAUCUGCUCCUCUUAAUCGACCCCUCCUGCCUGGUUCGAAAUGGCGGUGAAUGUGACACCGAUCCGGGACACAAAGUGGCUGACGUUGGAGGUUUGUCGGGAAUUCCAGAGAGGAACUUGUUCACGGCCGGACAGCGAGUGCAAGUUCGCCCACCCUGCCAAGAGCUGUCAAGUGGAAAAUGGCAGAGUCAUUGCCUGUUUUGACUCACUCAAGGGUCGCUGUUCCAGGGAGAACUGUAAGUACCUGCAUCCUCCUCCUCACCUAAAGACCCAACUGGAGAUCAAUGGAAGGAACAACCUCAUCCAGCAGAAAAACAUGGCCAUGCUGGCCCAGCAGAUGCAGCUCGCCAACGCCAUGAUGCCCGGCACACAGCUACAACCAGUGCCCAUGUUUUCAGUCACACCAAGCCUUGCAACCAAUGCCAAUGCUGCUGCAGCAGCGGCCGCUGCAUUUAACCCCUACCUUGGCCCUGUGUCGCCCGGCCUGAUGCCCGCUGACAUCUUGCCCAGCGCCCCUGUACUGGUCACCAGCAACCCCAGCGUCCCCGUACCUGCUGCUGCUGCUGCUGCUGCACAGAAACUAAUGAGGACAGACAGACUGGAGGUGUGCCGGGAAUACCAGCGGGGAAACUGUACACGUGGGGAGAAUGACUGUCGCUUCGCCCACCCGGCAGACAGCACGAUGAUUGACACCAACGACAACACAGUCACUGUGUGUAUGGACUACAUUAAGGGCCGUUGCUCGAGGGAGAAAUGCAAGUACUUUCACCCUCCGGCUCACCUGCAGGCCAAAAUCAAAGCCGCCCAACACCAAGUGAACCAGGCUGCAGCUGCUGCAGCCAUGACACAGUCGGCUGUCAAAUCACUGAAGCGACCCCUCGACGCAACUUUUGACCUGGGGCUCCCUCCCGUCUUGCCUCCUUUACCAAAGAGACCUGCACUUGAAAAAGCCAACGGUGCCACCACUAUGUUCAAUGCUGGCGUAUUCCAGUACCAACAGGCCCUGGCCAACAUGCAGUUUCAGCAGCAGGCUGCCUUCAUACCAUCAGGCUCGAUAUUGUGCAUGACACCUGCAACAAGUGUUGUACCCAUGAUGCACGGUGCUACUCCAGCCACUGUGUCUGCAGCCACCACAUCUGCCACAAGUGUUCCCUUUGCAACAGCAACAGCCAAUCAGAUUCCAGUAAUAUCUGCAGACCAUCUGACUAGUCACAAGUAUGUGACCCAGAUGUAGAAGUCUCAAUCAGAACAAUGGAACUGGAGCGUGCUGGUGUCGAGUCCACGAUUAGCGGUCACCCUUCAUGCCCGUAACACCACGAGCGAAAUGGAGAAACCAAAUCUAAAGUGGUUUGGAAUAAAUCUGCAUGUUAACAUAGGAGGCACAGUUUGUUAGGAGUGUUUUCAUGUGUACUUCAUGCACACUACUACACGACAACAGAAAAAGAGCAUCAUUGCAUUAAAGACUGCCUUUCGUUACGUAGAGGCGACUAACCUUUAUUCACCAGACACACUUUGAAUGUUAACAUUAACGUGUGGAGCGGUCAUCGGAAAAAAAAAGUCGACCGAAUUGGUACGUCCAUUGACCAAGAAUCAUGACUUGUGUUGUUUGUUUCUUCAUCGGUUGUUGGUCAUCGACCUAAACGUGUUUAUUUGUUUACACAAAGGUGCACCUUGUAUUUCAGUUGAGGUAAAAAGAGACGGAUAAUCUGACUGAAUCACAUAUGCAUGCACAACGAUUUUGUUUUUUGUUUUAAUUUUCAAUUUGUUCAACCAGUGAUAAGGGAAUUUACAUGGGUGCACUCAGAGGCAAAAUAGCAACUGAAUGUCUGUGAGGUGUCUUUCAAACCUUUGUAGCCUACCUUUCUAUCUCUUAAGCACAUGUCUUUAACCUUGCAGGCGUCCCUGUAAAGUGCCAUACAUCUCAAAACACAUGAAUGGUAUUUAAGCAGUGUUACAAAGUGUUCGAUUCAACGAUUCCCUUUAAUACGUCUAUUUUCUCUCUUGGACAGCAUGUAGUGUCCAGUGUCGUGACCUGUCAUUACCUGUGAUUCCCAAUAGCACCACUGCUGAUUAGAUUCCCCCAGAUUGUCUGCUUUACCCAAAAUCUUCUACUGAAUGAAAUAGCUUUUAAAUUUUUUAUUUUAUUUUCCUUUGACUUUUGUCGUUGAUGUCAGUCGUUUAGACGUGAAAUGACUGGAUCUGUCCUGACGCAGAUCUCUCUCUAUUGAGAAGUCAGAUGAGUAGUAUAUGUGGGGUUUUUGGCCUGUGUGUGAUGAGAUGUGUGUGACGAAUAGCUUUGAGUCGGUGUCCAAACUGCUGUGAGACAGAAGUCAAAACCUUAAGAUGCAACUGGUGAUGGAUAUGUGAUUUGUAUGACCUGAUUUGUUUUUCAUUUGUAUUUGUUAAGUAUAUUUUAAAGGCAGGUUGUCAAAGUAGAUUCAAUGUAGUGUAUAUAUAGUCUUGACAUAUUUAAGAAUAUUUGUUUAAAACCUGAGAACUGUUUUGUUUAGUUUUUUUUUCAAGAUAGUCCGCCAAAGUCUUUUUGUGUCACUGUUAUUAGGUAUUAUGGGGGUAGACUAGCGGGGCUAAAUUUGAACAUUUUGCAGCCCAAAGAAGGAUCGUGUCUUUAGAGUAGAUCUCUAGAACUCUUUUAUUUUUUGUUGUUGUUGUUGUUGUGUUUGGGUGUUCUUCAGGCAUAUUUAAAUUGGUGGAUAAUACAGGGAAAGUGGCAAGAAUAUAAACGAUUGUAUUACUCAUCCAAAGCCUUAGAAUGUACCAUCGGGUCAGCACAAUGCAACAUGCCAUUCUGAACCAUCCAGUUGCCUAAUCCACGCCAUAUUAACACACACAGCACUAUGUAAUUGUCACUUUUUUUGUCAGUGUUUUCUUAACUUUUCUCGUAGUUUUUCUUGUUCUUCCUUAGACGAGGAGUGUUUUCGUUUUGAUUUCGUUUGGAUGAUAUUUUGAUAUUAGUUCCGAUUUUUAGUUUUGCUUAUUAUAUUUAUCUUUCUUAUAAUGAAUAUAAGGUACAGUGUGUGUUUGCGUGUUCCUCAUGCACAGUUUCCUGAAAUUCCAUGUAAUGUUAAUUUUAGUAUGAUUAUGAUUGUAAACUCAAUAUUUUCUACGUUAUGCAUAUUGUUGAACUGUAUGCAUAUUGUUCAUUUCUCUAGUCUUUUUUGUGUUCUUUGAACAAAGAUGUUUUAUAUGAGUAUCUAACAGUGAUGAAAUAAUAGAACAGAGAGGCUGAGUUGUCACUGUGGCAACCGACGCCAAUAACCGAGUAAUAUUUUAAUGAUUGUAAGGUUUGUAACUAGUCAUAUAAGAAAAAAAAAGACUAUUAUAAAAAAUCUAGUUCUUAGAUGUUUAGAGUAAAGACGUUAUUUUCUACUGUAUCCAUUUCAAAUAGUAACUAUUGUUUUAAUAUUUUUACUCUCCCUGGAAAUUGGGCCAUGUUGGAAAACAAGCUGCAUAUUUGAUCACUUUUCGGGGCGUUGCUGGCGGGGUCAGGUGAACGUGGUGAGUAAGGAGCUGAGUCCGCACACUCACGUCUUACUUAACCAACUGCAAACAACAAGGGUGGGGUGGGGAACCUCGAGGCGAUAAAAGGUGACAAAGGUUGACUUUUUUGCACUUCUGUACAUAGUCAAAAAAGAGAGAAUCAUGUAUAUUGAGAUCUUAUUUUGAAUAAAAAAAAAUAAUAAUGUCUAUAACGACAAGGAAUUUUGCUAGGAUAACAAAAAAAAAAAAUCUUAUGAAAGGCUGAACAAAAUUGCUUGCAUCAAAAGGGCACUGAGUUCUCACUCUCCUACCCCUUUCAGAAAAGGCCAAGUGUUGCUCUUCUUUUUUGUCAGCAGCUUGUAGUUUGCCAGGUAACCUUCCGGAGGAGGCGUCCACUAUACCCUCCAGCGUAAGGGCCUGACUGGGUUUGUCUGGUCCCCUAACCUGCCUGUACUCACAGGUCUGUGUGUCAUGGCCACGCCCUCCCAGGCCCAACCAAUCACAACACGUCCUGUCUCUUUACUUUACUCAGAGAAGAGUGCAUGUUAAAGGAAAUACAUAUACCAUUUAAAAAAGAAAUAAAAAAAAUCACAACACAGUAAUAUUGAAUAAGAAAACAUUUACAAAGAAAGAUGUAUUUACAGUAUACAAUAUUCUAUCAAUGUAAUGGAAUAAAAAUAUAUAUAAAAAAAACACAAAAAUAGAAUAGUGGUUUAUUUAAAGAAAAAAAUGAAAAAAAAAAAUUCCUGAGAGUAUACUCACUAAGGUGUCACCACUUGGAGAGUUAAAAUACAUGCAACACAAACACCACAGCUAUAAGUAUGUUCUUUAUGUUUCUGUAAGCUGUGCUUCUAGUAGAUGAAACUGACCAAACGGGAAUGUAGUUGAGCAUCAGGCAGAAUUUAAGACUCAUCGCAGAUUGGAAUACUGCUUCGUAGUUUGGUCAUCAAGUCCUCAGUUUGAAAUUUUGACCUGAUCAUCUUAGUCAUCUCUCAUCUUCUACAAGCACGCAUGCUUACGUUUAUGAUAUAAUGUAAACUGAACUUUUUUUUGUUUGUUGUUUGUUUUCUCUGCUUGUAGUGCUAAUAUGAUGUAUUCUGUCUUCUGCUGCAGUUUGUUUCUGCUUGUUUUUACUGUUCCAGCACCCCCCGUGAAAGGAUGUGUCGCGUGUUUUGCGACGCCGGCCACCUCGUCUGGAAAGAGUGCGUAGAGAAAAAAACCAUUGAUUGCAACAGUCUUAAGCCAUAAAAUAUAAUCUCAUCCGAAUGAAAUACGAGAAGAAACCAGAAAUGACGAAGAGGUGGGGGGAAUGGUACCUUCUGGAGCUCACGGGAAUGUGUUUGCCGUGGUUUUAUUAACUACAACAUCAUGCAAUAAUUGGAGUCAUGAAGAUAGUUGAUAACUUGUGGUGCGCAGUGCCAACGUUGAUGGAGGGAUUUAGUGAAGAGAAAAGUUUCCCGACACAUUUUUUCAUGGGGCCUGCAUUGCUAUAUUUGAUUCUUGCUGUUAUGAAUAAAAAAAAAUGUAAUAAAAAUUUACAAAUGAACUGAACUAAAUAAAACAUUUGGUUAA